AAAAAAAAAAAAAAAAAAAAAAAAAAAAAAAAAAAAACCAAAACUAAGCUAGUAUUUCAUCAUCCCCAUCUAAAACCCUUUCACAUACACAACAACAAAUCCAUGGCUUCUUCUUCUUCACUCUCUUUCACUUCUCAACUCAUCAAAUCUCCCAUUUCCUACAAAAACCCCACUUACCAAUCAUCCAAACAGCCCCUCCCCUCAAUUCACUGUGGUAUUCGUGAACUAAGAGAAAGAAUCACCUCAGUAAAAAACACCCAAAAACUUACAGAAGCAAUGAAAUUAGUAGCAGCAGCCAAGAUUAGAAAAGCCCAAGAAUCAGUCAUUAACACUAGACCAUUUAAUGAAAACUUAGUUGAUAUGUGUUAUAACAUAACACAACAACUUCAAUUAGAAGAUGUGGAAAUACCCUUAACUGAAAAAAGACCAGUAAAGAAAGUUGCCCUUGUUGUUAUUACUGGUGAAAGAGGUCUUUGUGGGGGUUUUAAUAAUGCAAUCAUCAAGAAAGCUGAAACCCGAAUAGCGGAAUUGAUUAAUCUUGGUGUUGACUAUACUCUGAUCAGUGUUGGUAAAAAGGGUAAUUCUUAUUUUCGUCGAAGGAAAGGUGAAUUUGUUGAAAGGUAUGUCGAAGGAGAGAGUUUUCCUACUGUAAAAGAAGCUCAGGUUAUAGCUGAUGAUGUUUUCUCAUUGUUUAUAAGUGAAGAAGUUGAUAAAGUUGAGGUUUUGUAUACUAAGUUUGUUUCGUUGAUUAAAUCCGAUCCGGUGAUACAUAGUUUGUUACCAUUGUCGACGAAAGGAGAGGUUUUCGAUGUGAAUGGGAAGAGUGUUGAUGUUGAUGAAGAUGAGUUCUUUAAGUUGACUACUAAAGAAGGGAAAUUGGUUGUGGAGAGGGAUCAUUUGAGGGUGAAAAAGGGGACAUUUUUGCAAAAUAUGGAGUUUGAGCAAGACCCUGCUCAGAUUCUUGAUGCAAUGAUGCCUCUUUAUUUGAAUAGCCAGAUUUUGAGGGCACUUCAAGAGUCAUUUGCAAGUGAACUUGCAGCUAGAAUGAAUGCAAUGAGUAGUGCCACGGAUAAUGCGGUUGAGUUGAAGAGGAACCUUUCGGUUGCUUAUAAUCGGGAGAGGCAGGCGAAGAUCACUGGUGAGAUAUUGGAGAUUGUUGCUGGAGCGGAGGCACUUACGUAGCUGUGCUGAUUCUCGUUUUGUUUUUUGUAAUUUGGAUAUCAUUUAGUGUGUUUCAUUGACUCCUUUUGCAAAUAGAAGCUUGUUGGAGGCUUACGAAGAUGUCAUGGAGUUUCAUCACGGUGACUAUUUUUCAAUUACUGGACCGGAAA